AUGGUUCAAACAACAAAUGAACAACAACAACAACAACCACUUAAUAUAAUAAAAGAGAUGUUUCCAAAUGUAAAAGAGGAGACUAUUCAUUUACUACUUCAAAAGUUUCAUUAUGAUUUAUUAAAUCCAUUUUAUAUUAUGGAGAAAUUAGAGAGUGAAUAUAAUGACGAUUACUUUGAUGAAGAGGAUGAAGAUGAUAAUAAUAAUAAUAAUAAUAACAAUAAUGAAUCAAAAAAUAGUAUAUGUGUAUAUGAUCUUCAAGGGAUUUGUUUAGUUAAAGAUUGUAAAUAUCAACAUGUAAAUACAUUACCACAUCCAAACGUUUGUAAAUAUACUUUAUAUGGUUGUCAAGUUAAGAAUUGCCCUUAUCGUCAUUCAAAAGGUACAAUCAUUUGUAAACAUUGGUUAACUAGUAAUUGUUUUAAUCCAACUUGUAAUUAUUCUCAUCAAUUUGAUGAUACUUUAAAUUUAUUAGAUGAAUUAAAUUCUAAAAAUAAUAAUAAUAAUAACAAUAAUAAUAAUAAUAAUAAUAAUAAUAAUAAUAAUAAUAAUAAUAAUAAUAAUAAUAAUAAUUCAAUUAAUGGUCAACAUAAAAAUGGUAGUAACAAAAAUAAUAAUAAUAAUAAUAAUAAUAAAAAUAAGAAUAAUAUAACCAAUAAUAAUAAUAACGAUAAUAAUACUUUUAAUAAUAGUAAAGAGAAAGAAGAUUUUCCAGAGCUUGGAUCAAUAAGUAAACCACCUCCAGUUCAACUUAAAAAACAACCGGGAAAAAGAAAAAAAAAUAAACAACCCCCGCAGCAAUCACAACAAAAUUCCACAACAAAAAAUAAUUAUACAACAACAACAGCAAUAGCAGCAACAUCAACAACAACAACGACGACAACAACAACAACAAAAACAACAACAGCAACAAAUACUACUACUUCAACAACAUCAAAACCAACACAAAAUACACACUCUAUAGUUGUAGUUGAAGAAUUAAAUAUUAAAAAAAACAAUAGUGGUGGUAGUGGUGGUGGUGAUGAUGAUGGUAAUGAAGAUUUCCCAAGUUUAUCAUCUUUACCAACAUUAAAACAAAAACCAAAAAUUAAAAGAACAACCUAUCAAAUUGGUGUUUCUUCUUUUGUACAACUUGAAAAUUUGAAAACACUAUUUUCUCAUGUUUUAGAGAAUGAUGUAAAUAGAGAAUUUAUUUAUAAUAAUCAAAUAUAUGAAGAUUGUUAUAAUUGUUUAGUUAAAAAAUAUGGUGAACCUAAAAAACCAGCUGCUAUACAACCAACAAAUGAUCAGUCAUCAUCAUCAAGUUCAUCUAAAAAUUGUCCAUCUUUUGGUAUUGGUUCUUAUAAAAAAGAAUGGGUUGAAACUGGUGUUGAAGUGUCAUUAUUAUAUAAACAGCAUAGAGAGAGCGCAAUUUUACAUGCAAGAGAAAGAAAUAGAUUAUUUAAUCAAGCCGCUAGAGCAUUUGGUUCAGCAGUUACCUCUAGAGAAUAUGCAUUGGAGGCUCAACAACAUGAUGCACUAAUGAAGGAAUACAAUAGAAAAGCAAGAGAUAUCAUUUUCAACACUAGAAAUAAAGAUUAUGAUCCAGUCAAUAAUAACGUUUUGGAUUUUCAUGGUCUUCAUGUCUCUGAGGCUUUAGAGAUUUUAGAAGAUCACUUGGAUCGUUUACCUUUAACCGUUAUCGUUGGUACUGGUCAUCAUUCUUUAACUCCUUCUGCACGUUUACCAAAUAAAAUCAAAGAUUAUUUAUCUGGAAAUUCUUUCAGUUUUAAAGAUAUCUCAACAGACAAAAGAGGUGGUUUGUUAUUAAUUUAUAAAUAG